CUUACAUUAAAAUUCUACCACAAAUUCCCAUCAACAAGAAAAACAAGAAAGAUAGCUACUAGGAGAAGCUUUAAUACGCUCGAUACCUGGCAUGAUGAGUUCCUCAAUCAAGCUGGCCCAUCGGAUCCUCAGCGCUUUCCGUUCAUUUUGGUCGGGAACAAGAUUCAUUCAGAUGGCGGGAGCAAACGGAUGGUUCCGGAGAAGAAAGCGAGGGAAUGGUGCGCCUCCAAGGGCGAUAUUCCAUACUUCGAGACCUCUGCGAAGGAGGACCACAACGUCGACACUGCUUUCCUAUGCAUCGCUAGGCUCGCCUUGGAGCAUGAGCAUGACCAAGACAUUUACUUCAAGACAGUUGCAGAACAAGUCCCGGACACUGAACAGACAAGCAGAUGUGCUUGCUAGGAGCCAGCCAUUUCCUAGAAGGCUGGAACUACGUGGAUGUUACUGAAGGACUGGCCCCCGAUAUGUUCCCUCGCAGUUUUUCUUUUGAGCUCCAGUAACUUUAUUACUGUUCUGUGUUGCUCUCACUGGAUUUUAGCACUUCUGUAAGUUGUCAUCUUUUAAAGUUAAGAAUUUUUACAUAAGUCUUACACAUCGAA